GUUUGAAAACCUCAGCUUUAGCUUCACACUUCGAAGCUUAACUUCCUGUAUCUACACAUAGAGGAGGUUUGAACACACAGUUACAUUUUGAGCCGUGCACGAGGGGCUUAACGUUUCUGUCGACCUCCAGAACAACACAAGGUCAACCGUAUAAACAAAAGAUGAUGACUAAUCGGCUUGGGUGUUUAUCAGUUCUUGUUUUACUGCUCGCUUUGAGCAGUUCGGUCACAUCAAGAGAUCUCAGGAUGAAAAGGGAAAAUCAUCACGAUGCAACAACCACAAACACAACUGAAGGACACGGUACGGAAAACGUAGCUAAAGCUCAGGAUUUAAAUGGCACCACUGUCAAACCUUUUGCUUCGGGUACCCCACCGGUGAUUGAGAUGAAAACCGGUAAACUUGAUGGAAAUAACUCAGCGGUGAGUAUGGAUCACCAGCAUGCCUCUGAUUUGAACCACACCCAACAAGUGAACAAGACUUCUGAAACCGGCAACCACACCGCAGGAACUGAGAAUGUGACGACCCAGGCGCCAGCAGGUAUUGAGACAACUUUGUACACCCAGUCCCCAGCAACAAAUGACAGUAAUGGACACACUUCACAAACAGGAAGUGCUGCCCACACAUUUCCUUCAACGUCAGUGCCCGGUAAAGUAAUGAACACGAAAGCUUCUACAACAAAUGCAACAAAACUCUCCACUGCACUGUCCCCUACAACCCAAAGUACCACUACAAAACAGACUUCGACCACGGGAAAGGUUCUCACUUGUUCCACCUCCUCUCCUCAUAGGGACGGGCUUGUGAGUCGGUGUCUCAUCGCCAUCGCUUCGAUGGCCGCCCUGACGACUAUCUUUGUCAUAAGCACCAUCUGCCUGGCUACGAAGCUCUCGAGUUAUAGAUAUAGAAACAGGGCACGACUUCUCCAAGAGACGGAGAUGGUCUGCAUUUCUGCUUUGAUGAAUGAUACCGAUCAUCCUGUUCCAAAGCCAAGGCACCCCAGAAGUAACGGAGCAUUGAUCCCGACCACCGAGGAUGGAGAUCUUGAUGGAGAUAAUCUCACUCUAAACAGCUUUCUUCCUGAUUCCGAAGGCAUGAUUUAGAUGCUUCCUCUGUAUGUACUGAUCUCUGUUGACUCAUUUAUCUUAAAGGUGUGAAUGUUUCCAAGUAGUCCGCAUGGGUUUAUUUGCUUGAUCAGGCGUAGUUAAGCAAAUGUUGCCUUGCGAGACUGAAACUAGCUGCACCACACCAUUUCCACUUUUUGGGGAAGUUCACCUGUUGAAAUAAUUGCAGACUUAUUCCGCAAUACAGAACAGCAUCUCAUACCUUUUUAUUGCUUACGAUAUUAUUUAAAGGUGCACUGUGUAGAUUUCAGCGGCAUUUAGUGGUGAGGUUGCGACUCAGUCCACUGCUCACACCACCCCUUUCGAAGUACAUAGAGAAGCUACAACAGCUGCCACAGGAACAACAUGUUGUCUGCAGGGCAGUUUGUCCAUUUAGGGCUACUGUGAAAAAUAUGGUGACGCAAAAUGACGACUUCCAUGUAAGGGGAACCGCAGUGUAUGUAGAUAAAAACAGCUCAUUGUAAGGUAAUAAAAACUUUCAUUAUGUAAGGUCUUUAUACAACACUGAAAGCAUACCGUAUUUUCCGGACUAUAAGUCGCUUCGGAGUAUGGCCCUGUCCCAAAUGGCGCACUUCAUGUGGACUUUCGGUCUCGUGGCCUUAAAUUGCGCGUGCUCGCUUAGUCCACGAGUCCGUAGGGUGUCCCAUCUGUCAUUUUUACGCUUUGAAGUGUGCUCAUCAGCGCCUCCUUUGCCCCCUUGAUGCGGUCUUCAGCGAAGCCCGCACUGCAGCAGGCUUCGCGCACUUUACCAACCCAGAAGUCCUUGCGAAAGUGCAAUCAGACCAAUCAGACGACGGAAGGCAGGAGCUCACACUGACGGGCAACUUCUCUACCUAUUUCCGGUGUGACGCUCGAGUCUGUCCCAAAAUACGACUCCGUUGCACCCACGUGGACUCGCAUUAAGGGUCCCUAAAGUCUGGACUACGUGAUAUCACCAAAGUGUGGACUCUGAGGAGGACCACAAGUCCGGAGUGUGCCAUUUGGGACAGGACCUAUAAGUCGCAUCAGUCAAAAAUGCGUUUUGAAGAGGAAAAAACAUAUAUAAUUUGCGCUGGACCAGUGUUGGGGAAAGUUACUUUUAAAAGUAAUGCAUUACAAUAUUAAGUUACUCCCCAAAAAGUAAUUGCGUUACUUAGUUACUUUUCAUGUAAAGUAAUGCUUACGUUACUUUUUAGUUACUUUUGCGUUACCUUUUUUUUGGCUGAGGCUUGAUCUCUUUCAGGCCUUGCAGGUGUUUUUAUGACUGAAAAGUUCUGCAUUCAGAAAUUGCAUAUUUCAUGACAAAAAUGUCGAGCUCUGGCCUGCCAUCUCAGUUUCGGACUCAGGCGUGUACGAAUAGAGUGCAUAAUGUGACUACGUUUAGUUUAAUUCAGUACAUAAUUUUUUAAAAUCGAAUUAAUUAAACUAAAAAAGUAACUCAAAUAUUAAUGUGUACUUAAAAAGUAAUGCGUUACUUUACUCGUUACUUCAGAAAAGUAAUAUUAUUACGUAAUGCACGUUACUUGUUAAGCGUUAACCCCAACACUGCAUUGGACUAUACGUGGCGCUUAUUUAGAAAAUUAUUUCACAAAAUCCAGUCGAAGAACAGACAUUGAAUCUGAAAAGGCAAGUUAUUCAACUAAACUAUAGCACAGAACAGCAGGCUGAAUAGGUGUCCGUACAUGUUAAAGUAACAUAAACAGUUAUUUCACGAUACACAAUAGCGUACAGAACAUACCUGAAAGGCUAAAUUAACACGACAAGCCAAAUCAAGUUCAACAAGCUCCCAAAGUUAUUCCGCAUCACUGAAUCCAUUGAAUUACAUAAAUACAGGAGCAGCAUAAAGCAGACUCUCGCGGCUGUAGACAAUACUGGUUUCUCUUGGUUCAUAUGAAAUAAUUUUGAUGUAUAGUCACACCUAACUAGAAGUUCCAGCCAGGACCCGCCAAACUAUAAAAAAAAUGAGACUUAUAGUCCGGAAAAUACGGUGGUUAUGUAUAUUAUAUUUCAUUAAUAUUUUAUUUCUGUCAUGCCAAAAAUGCUCAAUUAAGCAAAACUUGUAUUAUACCCGUGAUAAACUUUUAACUCGGUGCCUGGUGGAAUUAAAUAUUUAUCCCAGCUCUUGAAAAUUCUGCUUCUGUACCAAACAUUAGGUACAAUAUAGCCGCACUGCUGGUUUAUCAGUUUUCUAUGGAGUUUCUCACUAAAUAAAAUAAUAGAAUAACAUUAAUCGAUAUUUGUGCAAGGUGUGUGCAAAUGCUAGUUUUUCCUUAAACCAACAUGGUUUGUUUGUUGUACAGUACAACAAUAAUAAACUUGGUAGUAUUUUAAUAGCUUUGUAUUAUAAUAAAUUCUUGUUUUGUAUGCCUAUUAAACAAUGUAUUUAAUCAUUUCAGUGUUGAAAUGCUGUACUGCUGUCUUUGGAAAGCUCAGGAAUAAGUUAAGCUUGGCUGAAUGUAUAGCUGAACAUGUUCUAUUCCUGUCUGUGGUCAGACUAGCGCUGUAUAAUUUACUUUAAAUGGAUGAUGUUGGACUUAUGUCACAUUUUUCUAUGUAUAGCAUGUCUUCAUCAUCGUAAAUGUACAUAAAAUAAAUGUAAUCACGUGUAUCAAAGAAUAAAUUUCUCUUUUGUACAGAA